GCGGGACUACUGAGAAACCGAGCGGAGAUGCCGCCGCUUCCACCCACCCGGUCUCAACCACCGCGGGCUUGCAAAGCACCCAGGAACUCCGAUCAGUCCGGGCCAACUUCAGAGGCAGCCAUCGCCGCCAUGGAAAUGGAUCAUCACGAGCAGGCGCUGCUGCUGACGGACCUGCCCGACCUGCCCCUGCUGCGGGUGCUCUCCUACCUGCCUGACGAGGCCCUGUUCGCGGUGGGCCGCACCUGCCUGCGCCUGGCCGCGCUCACCAGGACUCAGCCGUGGCGGGACCCGGAACAGCUCACGCUCAACACCGAGGAAGUGUGGGACCUGCUGAGGGUGGCCGCUCCUCCAGAGGUGGUGUGGAUUGACGAGGAUAAGACCUCGAAGACAACACAGUUUCUCUUUGGGGGUGCCGGCGCCAUCGUUGGCUGUCUCGACAGUGACAGCCGCAUCCACACCUUUUGCCCACCUCGAGUGCUGAUCAUGGAAUUGAUUAGCGUUACCUCCGAAGAUGCCUUAAUCCGGGAGGUAGCCAAGACGACGAAAAGUGUUGAUUUCAUUAGUAGAGCAGGUCUGGACAUUAUUUUCCGUUCAUUGGAAGAUGCGAGCUGGGGCCAGCUGGAGCAUCUUACCUUGAGUAGGGUAAACCUGCACGAACAGCUGACUCUGGUGUGGCCGCAGGUGAGAACGCUCGCUUCCAUGCCGGCUUUGUCGGAAAAGGCACCGUACCGUCACCGUCACGUCCAUGUCCGCAGGACUUGGUGCUGGCGAGGCUGCGCACCGUGACUCUACUACCAGGCGACGGCCCAGACCCAGACUUGCCCUAUUCUGAGGGAUGCCUUGAAAGCCUCCGCUCCCUACUGCGAGCACACAGUGAACAGCUGGAGUGUGUGAGGAUAAAGUCGUAUGUAGAGCUUCUCGUACAUCUAGCGGACGCCUUGCCCAGCGGCCUCCGUAGGCUGGAGUUCGAAGAGUUUACAGUACCGAGCGAUGCCGCGGCACUUCGACGGACCCACGGUUUGAAGGAGCUUAAGAUCGACAUUUGGUUGCUAGAUGAACUUUAUGUACAGGCCUGU